GGCGGGGAACCUUGGUAGAGACGACCGUGGCUGUUAGGCACCCUCGAUUGGCGGCGGCGGCGGCUCCUGCUGUGGCGGGGGCGCUCGGCCAGCUUUCUAGGUCGGAACGGAACGCUUGGCUUCGCGGGCCCCGCCCGGAAAGUUUGCAGUGGAGCCGCGACCUCCUGGCCGGUGCGGCCCAGCAUGAAGCGGCGCUAAGGAGCCGCCGCGGCCGCCUGAGGAGGAGCCGCUGCACCCCGGGCCACGCCGAUGACUACUGCAAACUGUGGCGCCCACGACGAGCUCGACUUCAAACUCGUCUUUGGCGAGGACGGGGCGCCAGCGCCGGUGUCCCAGGUCUCGCGGCCUGCAGAUCUUGAGCCAGAUGACUGUGCAUCCAUUUACAUCUUUAAUGUAGAUCCACCUCCAUCUACUUUAAACUCAUCACUUGGCUUACCACACCAUGGACUGCUGCAGCCUCACUCUUCUGUUUUGUCACCAUCAUUUCAGCUCCAAAGUCACAAAAAUUAUGAAGGAACUGGUGAUAUUUCUGAGUCUAAAUAUAGCCCAUUAGGUGGUCCCAAACCUUUUGAGUGCCCAAGUAUUCAAAUUACAUCCAUUUCUCCUAACUGUCACCAAGGAACAGAUGCACAUCAAGAUGACCUACAUAUAAAUGACCCAGAAAGGGAAUAUUUGGAAAGGCCUUCUAGAGAUCAUCUCUAUCUUCCACUUGAGCCAUCCUACCGGGAAUCUUCCCUUAGUCCUAGUCCUGCCAGCAGCAUUUCUUCUAGGAGCUGGUUCUCAGAUGCAUCUUCUUGUGAAUCUCUCUCACACAUUUAUGAUGAUGUGGACUCAGAGCUGAAUGAAGCUGCUGCUCGAUUUACUCUUGGCUCACCUCUGACUUCUCCAGGUGGCUCUCCAGGAGGCUGCCCUGGAGAAGACUCCUGGCAUCAGCAGUAUGGACCUGGACACUCCUUGUCACCUAGGCAAUCUCCUUGUCACUCUCCUAGAUCCAGUAUCACUGAUGAGAAUUGGCUGAGCCCCAGACCAGCCUCAGGACCCUCAUCAAGGCCCACUUCUCCCUGUGGUAAACGACGGCACUCUAGUGCUGAAGUAUGUUACGCGGGUUCCCUUUCACCCCACCACUCACCUGUUCCUUCCCCUGGUCACUCCCCUAGAGGAAGUGUAACAGAAGAUACCUGGCUUACUGCUUCUGUCCACACUGGGUCAGUCCUUGGCUCUGCACCAUUUCCAUUUCAGUACUGUGUAGAGACUGAUAUCCCUUUGAAAACAAGGAAGACUUCUGAAGAUCAAGCUGCCGUACUACCAGGAAAAAUAGAUGUCUGUUCAGAUGAUCAAGGGAGCUUAUCACCAUCCCGGGAGACUUCAGGAGAUGAUGGCCUUGGAUCUCAGUAUCCUUUAAAGAAGGAUUCAUCUGGUGACCAAUUUCUUUCAGUUCCUUCACCCUUUACCUGGAGCAAACCAAAGCCUGGCCACACCCCUAUAUUUCGCACAUCUUCAUUACCUCCAUUAGACUGGCCUUUACCAACUCACUUUGGACAAUGUGAAUUGAAAAUAGAAGUGCAACCUAAAACUCAUCAUCGAGCCCAUUAUGAAACUGAAGGUAGCCGCGGGGCAGUGAAAGCCUCUACCGGUGGCCAUCCUGUUGUGAAGCUGCUGGGCUACAGUGAAAAGCCAAUAAAUCUACAAAUGUUUAUUGGAACAGCUGAUGAACGAUAUUUACGACCUCAUGCAUUUUACCAGGUGCAUCGAAUUACUGGAAAGACAGUUGCUACUGCAAGUCAAGAGAUAAUAAUUGCCAGCACAAAAGUUCUGGAAAUCCCACUUCUACCUGAAAAUAAUAUGUCAGCCAGUAUUGACUGUGCAGGUAUUUUGAAACUCCGCAAUUCAGAUAUAGAACUUCGAAAAGGAGAAACUGAUAUUGGCAGAAAAAAUACUAGAGUACGGCUUGUAUUUCGUGUGCACAUCCCACAGCCCAGUGGCAAAGUCCUUUCUCUACAGAUAGCGUCUAUUCCUGUUGAGUGCUCUCAGCGAUCUGCUCAAGAGCUCCCUCAUAUUGAGAAGUACAGUAUCAACAGUUGCUCUGUCAAUGGAGGCCAGGAAAUGAUUGUGACUGGAUCUAAUUUUCUUCCAGAAUCCAAAAUCAUUUUCCUUGAAAAAGGACAAGAUGGAAGACCUCAUUGGGAGGCUGAAGGAAAAAUAAUCAGAGAAAAAUGUCAAGGGGCUCACAUUGUCCUUGAAGUUCCUCCCUACCAUAACCCAGCAGUUACAGCUGCAGUGCAGGUGCACUUUUAUCUUUGCAAUGGCAAGAGGAAAAAAAGCCAGUCUCAACGUUUUACUUACACACCAGUUUUGAUGAAGCAAGAACAAAGAGAAGAUACUGAUUUGUCUUCAGUUCCAUCCUUACCUGUGCCUCAUUCUGCCCAGACUCAGAGGCCUUCCUCAGACACAGGGCACCUACAUGACACUGUAUUGUCAGCACCGAGAAGCUUGAUAUGUCAAAUCCAGCCAGCAUAUGCAUCUAUGAUAACCUCAUCCCAUUUGCCACAGUUGCAGUGUAGAGAUGAGAGUGCUGGUAAAGAACAGCACAUAAUGCCAUCUUCAGUCAUGCACCAGCCUUUUCAAGUUACAUCAACAUCUCCUAUGGGGGCUUCCUAUCAGUCUAUACAAACUAAUGUGUAUAAUGGACCAAGUUGUCUUCCUAUGAAUCCUGCUUCUGGUCAUGAGUUUGAUCCAGUUUUGUUUCAGCAGGAUGCAGCUCUUUCUAGCUUAGUAAAUCUUGGCUGUCAACCACUGUCACCAAUGCCAUUUCAUUCUUCAAAGUCAGAUGAAACAGGACAUCUCUUAGCACAUUCACCUCAUUCUGUGCAAACCCCACCUCAGCUACAGUCAAUGGGAUACCAUUGUUCAAAUGCAGGACAAAGAUCUCUUUCUUCUCCAGUGGCAGACCAGGUCACAGGUCAGCCUUCUUCUCAUUUACAGCCUAUUACAUUCUGCCCUUCACAUCCAGGAUCUGCUACAACGGCUUCCCCAGCAGCCUCUCAUCCCCUGGCUAGUUCACCGCUUUCUGGGCCAUCAUCCCCUCAGCUGCAGUCUAUGCCUUAUCAAUCUCCCAGCUCAGGAACUGCCUCCUCACCAUCUCCAUCUACCAGAAUGCAUUCUGGACAGCACUCAACUCAAGCACAAAGUACCGGCCAAGGAGGUCUUUCUACACCUUCACCCUUAGUGUGUCACAGUCUGUGUGACCCAGCAUCGUUUCCACCUGGUGGUGCAGCUGUGAGCAUUAAACCUGAACCUGAAGAUCAGGAACCUAACUUUGCAACCAUUGGUCUACAAGAUAUCACUUUAGAUGAUGACCAGUUUAUGUCUGACUUGGAACACCAACCAUCAGGUUCAACAGAGAAAUGGCCUAAUCACAGUGAGCUCUCAUGUCCAGUUCCUUUCUGGAGAAUCUAGAGGUGAACGAGAUAAUUGGGAGAGACAUGUCCCAGAUUUCUGUUUCCCAAGGCCCAGAGGUGAGCAGAGACGCUCCUCUCCUAGGUCCAGAGUCCCCAGGUUUAGGAAGAUCUGAUGGGCCCUAACAGUGCUCACUGAAGCUUUGUGUCCACUACCAACUGCUCGGCCUGCCUCUCCUGGACCUUGGGUUUCCAACCAGACUUCAGAACCUGCUGUAGGAGUUGGACUCACUGCGAAAAGCAGCAUUCCUCCACCUCAAGGUGUGGGCAGAUUUUGUAAAAGAACAGGAACAGCAUAGCUGUGGGAAAAUGAGCUUCGCUUUUUUAAAUAUUUAAAUAGGAUACUUUUAUAUGAUGGGUGCUUUGAGUGUGAAUGCAGCAAACUCUAUUUCAGAGGUGCUGUUCUUGCAGGUGAUCUGGUUGCAUAGCUAGGAUUAGUAAUUUGUACUGCUUUCUGGUCAUUUGAAGAGCCCUUUAGUUUUGAUAUUUUUAAAAUAGAACUUUUGAUAAAACCUUCCAGAGGCAGACAAAAAAAAAAAAAAAAUAUCCUAAGCCCACUCUUACACCUCAAAAACUUAGCAUGCAUCCUGAAGCCUUUCAUAGUCAUAGGAAAUAAAGCCAAAUGUAGCUCAUACUCUUUAUAAAAAGUAAAGUGUUAGGUGAAUCAAACAGACCAUUCCAUCAUUGAAGUGUUGGAUAUGAGUACAUUCCAGAGCAUAGCCUUUUGUAACUGUAGAUCACCAUCGAGCAGUCUCUCCACUAGCUCCAUGUUCAAGCUAUUUUUCCUCCCUCAGGGCCUUGGGUAAAAUGAUCAUUUGUAAGGUGAAUUUCAAAGGUAGGGUUUUAGCUUAGGUAGUUAUUUUCUACCUAACUAACUUUUCAAGUGGGAGUUUCUGCCAGUAGUCUAUAGUCUUUGAAGCCAGUCUACUGAUAGUUCAGGCUUUGCGGUUUUAACUCUUGAGGCCAGGUUAGCAGUGUCAGGAGCUAAGUAUGAAUGAACUAUGUAAUAGGAGAC